CUGUGACGGCCCUGACGGGGGUCAUAAGGGAUCCAUAGAAUUGCUCUCUCUCAAAAUAGUCAGAUAUCCAUUGAAGCGCACUCAACGUUCUCCAUUGAAGCGCAGUUGGCGUUCUCCGUUGAAUCUAGUUCUUGAUCCCCCAUUGAAGCAGCUUCUGAGAUGUCACUCCAAGAAAAUUUAGCGAGGUUUCGGAAACAGCAAGAGAAGUGUCAGUCAACUCUUUCGAGUAUUGCUUCUGAAAAACAAGCUUCAACCAAGUCCUCCAAUUCAUCAAAGCAUAACUCUAGUGUACAAAAAUCAACUUUGCCAACUGCAUCACCAUCUAUAAAUGCAAGGCCUCCUGUCAAAUUCUCAAAUGAUACCGAGAGGCUUCAGAUCAUUAAUAGCAUAAGAAAGGCUCCUGCUGGAGCUCAAAUUAAGCGUGUCAUUGAUCUGCUUCUAGAGCGGAGGGAAGCCUUAACUCCUGAGCAAAUCAAUCAAGUAUGCCAUGUCGAUGUUUAUGCAAAUAAGACUGUUUUUGAAAGUUUGAAGAAUAACCCAAAAGUGAGCUAUGAUGGGCAGUGUUUCUCUUACAAGUCAAAGCAUGAAGUUAAGAACAAGGACCAAUUGCUUGUCUUGAUACGGAGAUAUCCAGAAGGCAUGCCAAUCAUUGAUUUAAAGGAUUCUUAUAUAAAUGUGAUGGAGGACUUGCAGGCCUUGAAGGCCGAUCGAAAAGUUUGGUUGCUCUCAAACUUUGAUUCCCAGGAAGAUAUAGUAUAUCCAAAUGAUCCCCGAGUUCCUAUUAAGGUAGAUGAUGAUCUGAAACAACUCUUCCGGAGCAUUGAAUUGCCACGCGAUUUUCUUGAUGUUGAGAAAGAACUUCAGAAAACUGGAAUCAAGCCUCUUACAAACACUGCCCAGAGAAGGGCUGCAGCACAGAUUCAAGGCGUUUCCUCCAAAGGUAAACCUAAGAAGAAGAAGCACGAAAUUAGCAAAAGGACCAAGCUCACGAAUGCUCAUCUUCCAGAGUUGUUUCAGAACCUCGCAACACAGUAACAUUAUUUGUUGAUUGUUGGUGAGGUCACCAAUUGCCUAGCCGAGAUCUCCCCAUAAUUACUCUUCUUUCCUAGCCUGGAUACUCUUUAUCUUUUUUCUUGUGGAAGACCUGCAUUAUUGCAUUUACAUAGGCUGCUGCACUUUUUAUGUGGAUAAAAUGUAAUUAUCGAAUAUUGUACUCUAUAUCCCGAGAAUAUUGAGUAUUUAUCCUAUCUCUUUGUUGCGUAACUCACGGGAUAUAUAUUCCAAUGUCAAUUGUUCAUGCUUUGCUUGAGCAUUUAAUUCUA